AUGUCAGACGUUUUCGAACCUCAAAUUUACCCUGCAAUCACACAAACUAUCCUCCAAAUCAUCAUCAGUAACCGAUGUAUGCCCCUCUCACAAGUAGCUUCUGCUCUUGCAAAAACAAAUCAUACAUACCUUCAAAGUAUAGGCUACCACGAUAUUGCCACAAACCCAGAUGCUGAACCCGUUCGUUUUGCCAUCGACCAUGAUAUGUGUGAAAAACACUUAAUCCAACCAGUUCUAGAAACUAUUAAUAAACAAUUAGGAGAUUUCUCCUUUGCUACUAAAAUUACUCGUGACCAAGAAUCAGGUCAACUAUGUGUAUCAUUUGUUAAUAUGCACUCUUCUGCAGGAACUAAACUCGCAACUACUCUUACACCAGCAGAAAUUGAUCAUUUUAAAAAUAUCCUUCAUAAAAUAUUUUCCUCAUCAUCCUUCCAAUUAAAUAAUUUUGCAGUAAACCUCGCAGAUAUCGUUCAAGCUUACCCUAAAGAUGCAAAUAAUAAAACAACACUCACAGCUGCUCAAGGUCUUGCCAAAAUUAAAAACUUAGUCUCUUUAGGAUGGUUUGUCAUUGUCCCAUUAUCUAAACAACUCUCCCAAACACAAGCUGAAUACACUUAUACUCUCUCAACAAGAGCCCUGGCUGAAUUAGAUACUUAUAUCCGUUCAACUUUUGAUCCAGAAGGUGCUGACCCAACUGUUCGUUACUGCUCAGGAUGCUCCCAAAUAUGGACUAUUGGAUGCUCAUGUCCUACUCCUCAAUGUAACUCAAGAUACCAUAAAUAUUGUUACGAAGGUCUUAUAGAAAUGGCCCCAUCCACAGAGUGUCGUGAAUGUCAAACUCCUAUAUCUUCUUUCCAACCUAUUGGCUUUUAA